CGGACAUAAUAAUAAAACCCCAGCACCAUGAGUCGGACCACCUUUUUUGAGGUGGAGCCAUAUUCAACCAUAGGAGAAAUCAAGAGCCUUUUUCACAAAUCAUAUCCUCACUGGUAUCCAGCAAGGCAGGCUCUGAAGCUCGAUCCCAGAGGAAAAUCACUCAGAGAUGAUGAGAUUUUACAGAACCUUCCUGUUGGGACCACAGCCACCAUGUACUUCAGAGAUCUUGGUCCACAGUUAGGUUGGACAAUGGUCUUUCUUGCAGAGUACAUUGGGCCUCUCCUCACCUACCUCCUCUUCUAUUUUCGAGUUCCAUACAUUUACUCGCACAGAUAUGCCUUCACCUCCAGCCCCCAUCCUGUGGUCACACUAGCCUGUGCCUGUCAUACCUCCCACUACAUAAAGAGGUUGGUGGAGACUAUCUUUGUGCAUCGUUUCUCCCAUGGGACGAUGCCUCUCAGGACGAUAGUGAGGAAUUGUGUCUAUUACUGGGGUUUCUCAGCUUGGUUGGCCUAUUAUAUCAACCAUCCUCUAUAUACACCUCCAUCAUAUGGAGAGUUACAAGUCAACUAUGCAUUAGCCAUAUUUGUGAUAUGUGAACUGGGCAACUUCUCAAUACACUUGACUCUAAAUAACCUUAGAGGAGAGGGACCCAGAAGCAGGAGGUUCCCAGUACCCACUAAAAACCCUUUUACGUGGCUAUUUUUCUUCGUAUCCUGUCCAAAUUACACAUAUGAGGUGGGAGCUUGGGUGAGCUUCUCCAUCAUGACCCAGUGCCUGCCAGUGGCCUUCUACACAUUACUAGGAUUCAUUCAGAUGACCAUCUGGGCCAAAGGGAAGCACAAAGCCUACAACCGGGAAUUCAAGGAUUAUCCCAGUCUCCGAAUGGCCAUUAUCCCUCUGAUUCUUUGAUAAUAACCUAAGCAGAUGCACAGUA